GUUAGAAUAGCGUCAUAUUAUUAGAAAUUUGAGUUUGUGUGUGUAUUCACUAAAAACCCGCUCUUUUUACCGGUGUAUUGUGUGUGAAUUAUUGAAAAAGUAUUUGCACAAUGGGAUCAAAAAAACAAAUAAAUUUACCAUGGGUUGAAAAAUAUCGUCCUUCCACCUUAAAUGAUCUUAUCUCACAUGAGGAUAUUAUCAGAACGAUAAACAAGUUCAUCGAUGAGAAUCACUUGCCACAUUUGUUACUGUAUGGCCCGCCUGGUACUGGCAAAACUAGUACGAUUUUGGCCUGCGCUAAAAAGCUUUAUACUCCUGCACAGUUUAACUCAAUGGUAUUAGAGUUAAAUGCUUCAGACGAUAGAGGGAUUGGGAGUGUGAGAGGACAAAUAUUAAGCUUCGCGAGUACCGGAACCAUGUACAAAUCUGGAUUUAAAUUAAUUAUCCUUGAUGAAGCAGAUGCUAUGACUAAUGAUGCACAAAAUGCUCUCAGACGAAUAAUGGAAAAAUAUACAGAUAAUGUUAGGUUUUGCAUUAUCUGUAAUUAUUUGAGUAAAAUCAUACCUGCAUUACAAUCUAGAUGCACUAAAUUCCGAUUUGGACCACUGAGCCCCGACCAAAUUUUACCCAGACUAGAGCAUGUGAUUAAAGAGGAAAAUAUUUCAGUAACAGAAGAUGGCAAAAAAGCUCUUAUGACUUUGAGUGGAGGUGACAUGCGAAAAGUCAUUAAUGUCCUUCAAAGUACUUGGCUGGCAUUUGGAUCAGUUACUGAAGAAAAUGUUUACUUAUGUGUGGGUCAUCCACUACCAGUGGAUAUAAAAAAUAUCGUCAACUGGUUAUUGAAUGAACAAUAUAUGAUGGCUUAUUCCAAAGUGGAAGAUUUAAAGCUUAAAAAAGGUCUCGCUUUACAAGAUAUUCUGACGCAGCUCCAUACAUUUAUUAAUAGAAUUGAUUUACCAGAUAAUAUCAUCAUGGAAUUAAUCAUUAAAUUGGCAGAAAUCGAAAAACGUACUGCUGCUGGAUGCUCCGAAAGUGUUCAACUAAAUGCCUUAGUUUCUGCAUUUCAGUGUGCUCGUGAUAUUGAAAAAGUAUAAGAUCUUUUGCACCACAAAUUUUUUUCAACUCCAUCAUUGCUUUUAUUUAUUUUUUUUUUAGUUCAAAAUAAAACUUUUUCCGAAAAAACAGUAUUGUAUCAGUAUAAAAGGGAAAAAGAUUUAAGAUUAUA